CUUGUCCAAAGCCAAGAGCAGGGGUGGAUGCUGGGUGGAUGGGUUCCAGGGUCCCCUGCCUCCCUGCCAAGGCCCAAGGGUCUGCUGGGGCCAGGUGGGUCCAAGGAGGGACUGUGUCCGGGAGGGAGGCCCUGGGGCAGAUGGGGUUAAGGCCUUGCUCCCGUGGUGGGAGGUCUGCCCCACGGAGGCUCUGAAGACACUGGUGGCAGUGUCCAGGUGGGUGUGGGCCUUCCUGCCCAGCGAUCUGUGGUGUGGACAGAGCCUCGGGUUGGCGUUGGGAGGCCUGGUCACAGGGCGGGCUCUGUAAUGACCCCAUGCGACCUCGGGCAAGGUCUGACAGCAAGAGACAACCUGGGCACGGACUCCAGCUGGAUGCCUCUGUUUGGAGGAGCAGCUGAGAGAGCGGGGCGGGGCAGGACAGGGUCUGGGUCUCCUCACAGCUUGCCUUGGUCCCCAUCUGUGAAAUGGGCCGUUAGAGACCCGGCUGUGGGCUGUCCCUUCGGAGGGAAAUGAAGCCCGUCCCGCCCCCAGGGAGCCGGGAUUCCGUGUUGCCCGGGCUCCCCGACCCGAGGUCCGGCACGUGGUUGUGCGCGCAGGCUAAUACGGUAGCGGUAGCGGUAGCGGUGGGAGGGCGCGUACUCCAGGCAAUACGGCGGCGGUUCCUCCCUGGGCGCGUAGUCACGUUCCCCACGUCCCUCGGCCCGGCAAGCGGGGCGGCGGAGCAUCCUCCUUUCCCACGCCUCCCCCUCAUCUCUGUCCCGAGGGGACCCGACCCCCAUUUGCUCACCAGGCCCGCUCCAGCGCUGAGGCUGCGGGGGGGGGGGGGCAUGUGUGGAGCUCAGGGUCCCCCCUUCCUCUCCCCAGCCACCUCCCUCCCUACAGCUGCCCCCACCAGCCUUGCCAGAAGAUGUGAGCCCACCCUGGAGCUUGCAGGGGCACCGUGGGGGCUGCGUGGUCAGCAGGGCAGGUGGAGGGCCCAGGCCAGGCUUAGCAGGCCUGCAUUCUUCUGGGGGCAAAUCCUUGCCUGAGUGUCCACCUUCCCUGGGAAAAGCCCAGGCACCUCCCUCCAGUCACAGCUUGGCACACAGGUCGGGGUGGGCAUCUGGGGUCCUGUGCCCAGCCUGGGAGGGGGCAGGCUUCUUGAGCACCAGGCAGGUGAGCGUCCAGAUCUGCUGGUUACUUGUUUGCAUAACAGAGAGAGGAGCCCUCCCCUCCUCCAGAGGGCACAGGAGCCUCUGGCCUACCCGCCACCUGCACUGGCUUCAGGGAGGGGCCUUGGGACUGCUUCCUUGUGCUCUGGUGUUUCCCAGGCGUCCAGGAAGGAAGGCCGGUGCCCCUUUCCCACCUGCAGGCUGGAGCUGGUCUCCAGGGACUGGAAGUCGGGUCAGAUAACUGGCCAGCCUCCCUAGUAGGCACAUCUAAUGAGCACUGAGGCAGGCUGUAGGCUUUAGGGCCGGAGCCACUGCACUGAACCUAGGGGACAUGGCCUGCCCUGGGGGUGAUGGGCCAGACACAGGACCCGCGGCAGGUGAGGGGUCUGCAGUACAGAGUGGGCCCAAGGGGAGCACGCCAGGGUGCACUGGGGAUGGCAGUGGGCCUGUGGAGAGGGUGUGGCACCGUUCACACCAAGAUGCAAUUCAAAGCCAGGGUGAGUCUAGGCAGGGAGGGGGCACUGGGAGGGGGGUGAUGCUGGAGAAGGUGGAAGCCUGACCGGGCAGGAGGCCAGGCGCUGAGGGCUUCAUGGCCCAGUCCUGGCCCAGAACGAGUUGGGGGUAGCUCAGGGGUGGGACUCUUUCGCCCAGACAGCCAGCCGUCCGGAGGAGCAGCUUGCAGGAGCCAGCCUUGGAGGGCACAGUGGACCCUCAGAUGUGUCAUCUGUCAGGGGACCCCUGUGCACACUCCUCCAGCCUUUCUCUGCUCAGCUUCCAGCUGGCUAGGGUGUGGGACCCUCGCAGAGCUGGAGGCAAGAGCCCCUGGAGCCCGGCCUGGCCCAGCAGGCACAGGAACCUCACCUGGGAGAUGAGCUUUCUAGGUCCCGGGAGGAGGGUUCCUUCUGGGCUGGGGACAUGGUUUGCACGCUUCCUUGGGAGGGUAGAUGUCACAAAAGGCCAGCCCAGCAAUGUGCACCCCAUUGUGUGCUGGUGCUGCCUUCCUGUGCAGCGAAGUGAGGGUCCCCGACAGCCCCCCGAGGCGGGCACUCCUCCCAUCCCGGGUCCAGACUGGGUCGUGGUAGGUUGGCCGUGGAACAUCAGCCAGCCUGUGCCCGGGGAAGGCCCUCCUCCCUCCCCCCAAGGCAGGCUGGGUUGAUGACCGUUUUGCUCUUGGAGAUCUCGGCCCCUUUCACGCGUCGUCCACAUAGUCCUAUGCGUUCACAUAGCCCUGUUGGGCAGAAUCCCUUUGUCCCAAACCUAGACCCUCCCCCUUUCUACUCUCCCACCAUUUCCCCACGUGCAACCCAAAACUUCCCCGAGAAACCUCACGUUGAGGACCAGCUGGGUGGGAAUGGGCCAGGGGCCAUUUCAGGGCGGCUGGCCCUGCAGCCUGGGGGUUAGCUGGGAGAAAGCAGCGUCUGAAGAACCUCUGGGGCUGCAGGGGUCCCCGUGGGCCUCUGAUGCAGAAGUGCCAGGUCACAGGUGUGUGGAGAGCACCCGGCCGGGGAACAGACCGAGCUGCAGCCGGCAGCAGGCGACGGCACUGAACAAGCCGGGCCUGGGACUGCCCUCCUUGGAACAGCUUCUGUCCAGGACACCAGAACCAGCCCUCCUAGCCAUGGGAGGGGCCGCAGUGGAUGACGGCCCAGUUGGUGUCAAGGCCCCUGACGGGGGCUGGGGCUGGGCCAUCCUCCUGGGCUGCUUUGUCAUCACAGGCUUCUCCUACGCCUUCCCCAAGGCGGUCAGCGUCUUCUUCAAGGAGCUCAUGCGGGAGUUUGGCAUCGGCUACAGCGACACGGCCUGGAUUUCCUCUAUCCUGCUGGCGAUGCUGUACGGGACAGGCCCGCUCUGCAGUGUGUGUGUGAAUCGCUUUGGCUGCCGGCCAGUCAUGCUGGUGGGCGGCCUCCUGGCGUCCCUGGGCAUGGUGGCCGCAUCCUUCUGCAGAAGCAUCAUACAGCUGUACCUCACCACCGGGGUCCUUACUGGCUUGGGUUUGGCGCUCAACUUCCAGCCCUCACUCAUCAUGCUCAACCGUUACUUUGACAAGCGGCGGCCCAUGGCCAACGGGCUGGCGGCUGCAGGCAGCCCCGUGUUCCUCUGCGCACUGUCCCCGCUGGGGCAGCUGCUGCAGGACCACUACGGCUGGCGGGGCGGCUUCCUCAUCCUGGGUGGCCUGCUGCUCAACUGCUGCGUGUGUGCCGCGCUCAUGAGGCCCCUGGAGGCCUCCCUCGCGGGUGCGGGGCCCGGGCCCCAGAGGCCGGCCAGGAGGCUGUUGGACCUGAGUGUCUUCAGGGACCGUGGCUUUGUCAUCUACGCGGCGGCUGCCUCCAUCAUGGUGCUGGGGCUCUUUGUGCCGCCUGUGUUUGUGGUGAGCUACGCCAAGGACCUGGGCGUGCCGGACACGCGGGCCGCCUUCCUGCUGACUGUGCUGGGCUUCGUGGACAUUUUCGCCCGGCCUGCCGCCGGCUUUGUCACGGGGCUCCCCAAGGUGCGGCCCUACUCCGUCUACCUCUUCAGCUUCGCCAUGUUCUUCAAUGGAUUCACCGACCUCACUGGCUCCACGGCCAGCGACUACGGCGGCCUGGUGGUCUUCUGCAUCUUCUUCGGCAUCUCCUACGGCAUGGUGGGGGCCCUGCAGUUCGAGGUGCUCAUGGCCAUCGUGGGCACCCACAAGUUCUCCAGCGCCAUUGGCCUUGUGCUGCUGCUGGAGGCCAUCGCCGUGCUCAUCGGGCCCCCGUCCGGAGGCAGACUCCUGGACGCCACGCAAGUCUACCAGUACGUGUUCAUCCUGGCGGGGACCGAAGUGCUGGCCGCCUCCCUGGUGCUGCUGCUGGGCAACUUCUUCUGCAUCGGGAAGGGGCCUGCGGGGGCCACCAAGGAAGAAGAGUGCCGCAAGCCCCCUUCGGACGCCAGGGACGGGGUGGGCUCCGGGGAGGUGGAGCACUUCCUGAAGGCGGAGCCUGAGGGCAAAGGGGAGGUCGCUCACACCCCGGAAACAAGUGUCUGAGAGGAGCGGCAGGGUGCAGGGUGCAGGGAACCGGACGGAGGCUGUCAAGGCUCGUAUUUAUUUCACAGACAGACUAGCUCAGGCGGGGCCAGCGGCCCCCCGCAGCGGACCAUGGCCUGAUCAGUGCUUUCGGGGGAGGUGGCAGGUGGGAGCCACGUCAUUCCAGAGCAGAUCUGUGGUGAAGCCAAGCUCGAGGUUACAAGCCGUCUGCACCAGGCGUCCAGCCCGCCGACCCCAGAACAGCCCGGGGCCCACUGCGGGGCUCAGGGAUCUAGACACCCACGCUCUGGAGGUUUCCGUCAG